AGGUGUGUUCUUGCCUGUGGGAAUGGGUGGUGACAGUGAAGGAAGUCACUGAAACAUCUGGAAUCAUGAACCUGUCUUGGGGAAUUUGUGGGACGGUCAGGUGAGGACAGCGAAUAGGCAGGUAGAUGCAGGGAGCCAGAGAGGGAAAUGACGUUAUCACCAACAGGCAGGGCUGGGAGCCCUAGAAGAGAAAAGGAUGGCAUAGCCUAGUGCAGUGGUUCUCAACCGGAGAAUCCCCACCACCACCACCACCACUAGGGGAUGUUUGGCAAUGUCUAGAGACACUUUUGGUUGUCCCAAUUGGGAGGUGCUACUGGUGUCUUGUGGGUAGAGGCCAGGGAUGCAGCUAAACAUCCUACAAUGCUUCCCACAACAGAAAUAUCAAUGUUGUCUUGGUUGAGAAACCCUGGCCUAGUGCAAUAGUUCUCAAACGGUCUCAGGAUCCCUUUAUAUUCUUAAAAAUUGAGGACAUCCAAAGAGCUUUUGCUUAUGUCAUGUAGCCCCUGGAAAAUUACACCGCACAUGCAAGAAAGAAUGGCAAUGGAAAAGUAUUGUGAAAAUAGUUUUGACUUUGUAAACCCCCUUAGAGGGUCUCCUGAACCAGUAGAAAGCCUAGGACCACAGUUUGAGAAUCCUUGGCCUGGUGUUUAAGAUCACAGCUCUAGAACUGGAAUUCCUGAGUUCGAACCACAGCUCAGCCAUUUACUAGCUGGAGCAAAGUGAAUUAAUGUUUCUGGACCUCAGCUUGCCUCAUUGUUGCCCAUGGACCACAGUGAUAUUAUCUGCUGCCUAAGGCUACUAUUUACAUGCAAUAAAGCACUUAAGCAGGGCCGACUAUUAUUAGUUAUUGCUGUAACUCCAACAAAUACACAGGGCCUAGGGCUAACUUGCCUUCAACACGUUUGUCUAGAGAAUAAAUCUGGGCAGGCAGGGAAGCGGCCCGCAGGCCUGGGUGGCGCUUUAGAGGUGGUGACCUUUUUCGCAUUGGGUUUUUAUGGAUCAGAAGGGUAGUGCAAUGAAAGAAAGGCAUUCUGGUCAGGCUAACAAAGACGCUGCUCGCAGGGUAGAGGCCCCCAGCAGAGCAUGGGACCCGUAAGACCAGAACCUGUGUGUGUGUGUCCCUGAGCACUCCUGAAUAUGUCUUCGUCCACCUCGGGGACCUCUGCCUCCACCUUCCACAUUACCGUCUGCCCUGGCUCAACAUGGUGUCAGAAUCCCACAGGGUACCUUUGUCUUUCUUAGUUCCCAACUGGAGGUUUUACCCCGCCUAUUGGUCGCAGUGAUCACCGCCCACAGCCCGACGCCUGCCUAGCCCUUCCACGCGUCCAAGCGUGGGGUCCAUUUCCAAGAUGGAAGUAGCCCCCCGGCGUUUGGGGGGCUCUGUUUCCGCUUCCGGGACCAGAAUCCGGAAGUGGCAGUUGAGGGGCCUCUUCCUAUCACCAGCUGCGGCGGUUGUGAGAAGAGGGUGAACGGCCAUGGCGGCAGUCGCAGCGGAUCCGGCGGCUGCGGAUGCGGCCGAGGACCGAGAGCCACAGCGCGAAGCCAUGCCGGGCCUGGAGAGCCAGCGGCGCCAGAUCAAAAACAGCGAGAGUGGGCGAGAGCGUCCACUGCGGACCGGCGAAAGCUGGUUCCUCGUGGAGCAGCACUGGUACAAACAGUGGGAAUUGUACGUGCAGGGAGGAGACCAGGACUCUAGCACCUUCCCUGGCUGCAUCAACAAUGCUAAGCUCUUUGAAGACCAGGUAAACUGGCGCCUCAAGAAGGGACUGGUGGAAGGUGAGGAUUAUGUGCUGCUCCCAGAGGCUGCUUGGCAUUACCUGGUCAGCUGGUAUGGUCUAGAGCAUGGCCAGCCACCAAUUGAGCGCAAGGUCGUGGAGCUGCCCGGCAUCCAGAAGGUCGAAGUAUACCCAGUAGAACUGCUGCUUGUCCAGCACAGUGAUAUGGACACACCCUUCACUGCUCAAUUCAGCCACACAGCUUCUAUUGACCUAGUUUUGCGUACUGCUCGAGAGCAGUUUCUGGUGAGCCCCCAGGAAGAGGCACGGCUGUGGAUCAAGAACGCGAAGGGCUCUUUUGAGAGAUUGUGCAACACACGCGUCACGGUGUUCGACGCCGCCCUCAAGACUGGGCAGCUGAUCAUCAUGGAGACCCGAAACAAGGAUGGCACUUGGCCCAGUGCACAGCCGCACGCCACGAAAAGUGCAUCGGAGGAGGAUAAGAACUUCCAGGGCCAGCCAGGCAUCUGUGGUCUCACCAACCUGGGCAACACGUGCUUCAUGAACUCGGCCCUGCAGUGCCUCAGCAAUGUGCCACAGCUCACCGAGUACUUCCUCAAAAACCGCUACCUGGAGGAGCUCAACUUCUGCAACCCACUGGGCAUGAAGGGUGAGAUCGCAGAGGCCUAUGCAGACCUGGUGAAGCAGGCAUGGUCUGGCCACCACCGCUCCAUCGUGCCCCAUAUGUUCAAGACCAAGGUCGGCCACUUUGCGUCCCAGUUUCUGGGCUUCCAGCAACAUGACUCGCAGGAGCUGCUGUCGUUCCUCCUGGAUGGGCUGCAUGAGGACCUCAAUCGUGUCAAGAAGAAGGAAUAUGUGGAGCUGUGCGAUGCGGCUGGGCGACCAGAUCAAGAGGUCGCUCAGGAGGCCUGGCAGAACCACAAACGGCGGAACGAUUCUGUGAUUGUGGACACUUUUCACGGCCUCUUCAAGUCCACGCUGGUGUGCCCCGGUUGUGGCAACGUGUCUGUGACCUUUGACCCCUUCUGCUACCUCAGUGUCCCACUGCCUGUCAGCUACAAGAGGGUCAUGGAGGUCUUCUUUGUCUCCAUGGACCCCCGCCGCAAGCCAGAGCAGCACCGCCUCGUGGUCCCCAAGAAAGGCAAGAUCUCGGAUCUGUGUGUGGCUUUGGCCAAACACACUGGUGUCUCGCCAGAAAGGAUGAUGGUGGCCGAUGUCUUCAGUCACCGCUUCUAUAAGAUCUACCAGCUGGAAGAGUCUCUGAGCAGCAUCUUGGACCGAGAUGAUAUCUUCAUAUAUGAGGUGUCAGGCAGGUCUGCUAUUGGCGAGAACUCCAGAGAGGAUGUUGUGCUUCCUAUCUACCUGCGGGAGCGCACCCCAGCCCGGGACUACAACAACUCCUACUAUGGCCUCAUGCUCUUUGGGCACCCGCUGCUGGUGUCAGUGCCCCGGGACCGGCUCUCCUGGGAUGCCCUGUAUCACAUCCUCCUGUACCGCCUCUCACGCUAUGUGACCAGACCCAACUCAGAUGACGAGGAUGAUGGGGAUGAGAAAGACAUGGAGGAUAAGGACAACAUCCCCAAGCCUGGACACGUGGCUGUGGGCAGCUCCCAAGACUCUGGGCCAGAGCAGGCUGGGCCCAGCUCUGGAGUUGCAGGCAGGAGCCGGGCCCCCGUGGACAACUCCCCUGGCCCAUCUCACUGGCCACAGAGGGCGCGGCGCAAGCACCUGUUCACCCUGCAGACCGUGAAUUCCAAUGGGACCAGUGACCGCUCAACCUUCAACGAGGAUACCCAUGGUGUCUCCUUCAGCUCCCAGCCGUACAUUGCCAUCGACUGGGAGCCAGAGAUGAAGAAACGUUACUAUGACGAGGUGGAGGCUGAGGGCUACGUGAAGCAUGACUGUGUCGGGUAUGUGCUGAAGAAGGCUCCGGUGCGGCUGCAGGAGUGCAUUGAGCUCUUCACCACUGUUGAAACUCUGGAGAAGGAAAACCCCUGGUACUGCCCCUCCUGCAAGCAGCACCAGCUGGCCACCAAGAAGCUGGACCUGUGGAUGCUGCCUGAGACGCUCAUUAUCCACCUGAAGCGCUUCUCCUACACCAAGUUCUCCCGCGAGAAGCUGGACACCCUUGUGGAGUUUCCUAUCCGAGACCUGGACUUCUCCGAGUUCGUCAUCAAGCCGCAGAGCGAGUCGGCCCCAGAGCUGUACAAAUACGAUCUCAUCGCCGUUUCCAACCAUUAUGGGGGCCUGCGUGAUGGACACUACACAACAUUUGCUUGCAACAAGGACAGUGGCCAGUGGCACUACUUUGAUGACAGCAGUGUCUCGCCUGUGACUGAGAAUCAGAUUGAGUCCAAGGCAGCCUAUGUCCUCUUCUACCAACGCCAGGACGUGGCGCGUCGCCUGCAGCCCCAGACUGGCUCAUCUGACCCCCCGGCAACCCCUGGCUGCAGUUCCCCACCCAACUCUGAGUUCAUGGAUGUAAACUGACGAGCCCUGGCUCUGCCGCAGGGGAGCAAGCCAUCUCUGCUCUCCCCGCCCUCCCGCCCCGCCGUAUCCACCCCUGUCCUCUUACCGCGUUAGGUUCCUCGUGCAGGCAUCACAGGCUUAGUUGUGGCUACUGUUCUCCUGUGCUGCUAUAUUGCUCCCUCCUGGAGAAGAACAGGUUGUGUCUCCUCCCGGCAGUGUGUUCCCUGCCUGUGUUUGCCCCUUAGAGCUUUCACCUUCCCUUCUAUUCUCUAUUUAUGGUUGUCCCCUUCCCUCUGUCCUCAACCUGGGGUGUUCUGAGCAGGGUGUGGUGGGUGCACCUGAACACAGAGUGUAUUUUCUUAUCAAGACCUGUACCUUCUGCUGUGUAUAUAUAAAGUGCCAGUGUGUUCCUUGGCA